AUGGGCACUGUGGGUCCAGUUCUCUGGAUCCUUUCUGCUUUGACACUUAAUCAUGCCUUUGAACUGUCAUCUCGAGUGUCGAAUCCGGCGCACAAUGAUCGAGUCUGCAGCACCUGGGGAAAUUUCCACUAUAAGACAUUCGAUGGAGACAUUUACCAGUUUCCUGGACCCUGCAACUACCUCUUUUCUUCCAACUGCAAAAACACCUUUGAAGAUUUUAAUAUCCAGAUAAGGCGCUCUGUUGACUCACAGAAGCCAGUUCUGUCCUAUGUGGUUAUAAAGAUUGAAGGGCUCGUCAUUGAGAUGAAGAAGGGAGACAUCAUUGUGGGAGGAGAACAGGUUUCGCUUCCAUUCAGCCAGUUUGGAGUUCAGAUACAGCAGACCAGUGUCUAUGUGAAGGUGUCAGCUAAGCUGGGUUUAACUCUUUUGUGGAAUAAUGAAGAUUCUCUGAUGCUUGAAUUGUCCUCAAAAUACAUGAACACAACGUGUGGAUUGUGUGGAAAUAUGAACGGGAUCAGUCAGGAUGAAUUCCAAACCAACAAUGUACUGUUGACUCCUGUACAAUUUGGAAACUUGCAAAAGUUUGACGGGCCCACCGAACGUUGUGAAGAUGUUAUUUCAUCUGUUCAAAAAAACUGCAGUGACUUGAAGGACACCUGUGUCAGCAUGCUCUCCAGCCCAGCAUUUGAUGACUGUAGCAUACGUCUCCCCCAGAAGUCCUACAUAGAAGCUUGUAUGUCAGAUCUUUGCAGCUGUCAGUCGUCAAAUGACGCGUCCUGUUUCUGUAACACUUUAGCCGAGUACUCCCGACAGUGUGCCCAUGCUGGUGGACGACCAAGUAACUGGAGAAACAAUAUGUGUGCGAUCACCUGCCCAAUGAAUCUGCAGUAUGAUGAGUGUGGCUCUCCUUGUGCUGACACCUGUUCCAAUUUUGAGCAAACCCAUGUUUGUGAAGAACAUUGUAUGGAUGGCUGCUUCUGUCCACCAGGAACUGUAUUUGAUGAUGUUCACCAGAAAGGCUGUAUCCCACUCAGCGAGUGCUCCUGUACUUACAACAAUACGAUAUAUGCACCUGGAGAAUCCUACAGCACGAACUGCCGUAACUGCACCUGUCAAGGAGGUAAAUGGAGCUGCCAGGACCUUCCAUGUCCCGGAUACUGUUCUUUGGAGGGAGGAUCUCAUAUCUACACCUAUGAUGGUAGUCACUAUAACUUCCAUGGGCAAUGUAACUACAUCUUUACAAAGGACUGCGUUCAAGACAUGUUUACUGUACUUGUUGAGCUGGCGCAAUGCGGUGUCACCAAAACAGAGACCUGCCUAAAAAGUGUUACCCUUUCCCUGGAGAAAGGAUUUACUGUCAUAACAGUCAAAUCUUCUGGCACUGUCCUCUUGAAUGGAAUCUACUCCAGUUUACCUCUCUUUACAGACAAUCUUGCUGUGCUCCAGCCUUCCUCCUUUUACUUGAUUGUUAAGAGUUUCAGUGGAAUCCAGAUCCAAAUCCAGCUUACCCCUGUUAUGCAGAUCUCUGUGAGCUUGGAUGAGAGGUAUAAGGGAGAAGCAUGUGGACUGUGUGGGGAUUUCAACAAUAUCCAAACAGAUGAUUUCCGAGCUGGCAGUGGACUUGUGGAAGGAACAGCUUCUGGUUUUGCCAACACUUGGAAGGCCCAGGCAGACUGUCCAAAUGUGAAGGAGAGUUAUGAUAAUCCAUGUUCUCUCAGUGUGGAGAAUGAGAGAUUUGCCCAGUACUGGUGUUCUCAGCUAUCGGACAGCAAUGGAAUUUUUGCACCUUGUCAUGCUGCUGUGCAUCCAGAAAUAUAUCAAAAGAAUUGUAUGUAUGACAGCUGUAACUAUGAAAACAGUGAGGACAGUGUAUGUGCAGCAUUAUCAGCCUACGUACGGGCCUGUGCCGCUGAGGGAGUGAUCCUGACAGGGUGGAGAGGUGUCGUCUGUGAUAAAUAUACAAAGAACUGCCCAAAGAACAGCACCUAUCAGUAUGCCAUUAGCACUUGCCAGAAAACCUGCCGUUCUCUGAGCGAUCCCGACCCCAGCUGCAGCUUCGAGCUCCCUACUGUUGAUGGCUGUGCUUGCCCAAAUGAUACCUACCUUCAUGACAGCGGAGCCUGUGUUAUUGACAAGCAGUGUCCCUGUUACUACAAGGGAUCGAUAAUGCCACCAGGAGAGGUCGUUUAUGACAAGGGGGCUAUGUGCACAUGCCAGAGUGGCAGACUACACUGCGUUGGCAAAACACCAACCAUUGCAGUGUGCCCUGACAAUAUGGUUUAUUUUGAUUGCGCCAAUGCUUCAAAGGGAGGAAAAGGAGCCGAGUGUCAGAAAACGUGCCAAACCCUGGACAUGGAAUGUUUCAGUAUUCAGUGUGCUGCGGGUUGUGUAUGUCCGGACGGCCUUGUGCUUAGCAAUAAUGGCAGCUGUAUUCUUGAGGAAGAGUGUCCAUGUGUCCACAAUGGAGAAAUUCACCAAAGUGGAGAAACCAUCCAGCAAGACUGUAAUACAUGCACCUGCAAAGACAGAAAGUGGCAGUGCACACAGAAUGAGUGUCAUAGGACGUGUGUUGUAUAUGGAGAAGGACACUAUGUCACCUUUGAUGGCAAGCGUUUCGAUUUUAGCGGUGACUGUGAAUACACGCUGACUCAGGAUUAUUGCUUAUCUAACUCUGGAAAUGGUACUUUCCGAGUCAUCACGGAGAACAUCCCAUGUGGGACAACGGGAGCCACCUGUUCUAAAGCUAUAAAGGUUUUUCUUGGGAACUUUGAACUGAAACUGAGUGAAGGAUCAUAUGAAGUAUUGGAAAGAGACAUUGGCAGUGAAGUCCCCUACCAGGUUAGGCAGAUGGGUAUUUACCUUGUGAUUGAGGCCACGAAUGGAUUAAUUCUCAUGUGGGACAAGAAGACCAGUAUCUUAAUCAAGCUAAGCCCUGAGUUCAAGGGACGGGUUUGCGGUCUUUGUGGUAACUAUGAUGGCAGUGUAUCCAAUGAUUUUAUUACAAGAAGUCAAUCAGUGGUGGUCAAUAUUCAAGAAUUUGGGAACAGUUGGAAAGCUGCCCCCACAUGUCCUGAUGCUCUGCCCCUAAAGGACCCUUGUGUUACCAACCCAUACCGUCAGACUUGGUCCCAGAAGCACUGCAGCUUUAUCAUGGGCUCAACCUUCUCCAAGUGUCAUUCCAAGGUUGAUCCUACUCCUUAUCAUGACACUUGUGUCCAAGACACAUGUGCUUGUGAUUCUGGUGGGGACUGUGAAUGCUAUUGUACCGCUGUUGCUGCCUAUGCUGCUGCCUGUAGUCAAGCAGGAAUUUGUGUCUCAUGGAGAACCCCUGAGAUUUGCCCUCUAUUUUGUGAUUACUAUAACCCUGAAGGAGAGUGUGAGUGGCAUUAUAAGCCUUGUGGAGCUCCCUGCAUGAAGACCUGUAGGAACCCCAGUGGCCACUGCAUGAACACACUACCUGGAUUAGAAGGAUGUUAUCCAAAAUGCCCAAAGGAACGACCUUUCUUUGAUGAAGACAUUAUGAAGUGUGUGGCUCAGGCAAAUUGUGGGUGUUAUGAUGACGAUGGAAAACGUUACAGUGUUGGAGAUAUGGUCCCCUCUUACAAGAACUGUGAAUCAUGUAUUUGCACAAAGAAAGGACGCCGCUGUCAGAUGGAUGAGAGGGCAUGUUACUGUUACUAUGGAAAUAUGAAGUACAACUACGGAGAUGUCAUUUAUAACACUACUGAUGGAAUUGGAGGAUGCAUUACAGCCACAUGCUCAUUCAAUGGAACCAUCGCAAGAAAUGUCUACCCUUGUGUUCCCACCACCAAGGCGCCCACCACAACCUUCCAUUUUGAUACAACCACUAAAAUCCCAUUGAAUAUCUCCACACCAGAGCAAAUGUCAUCGACUUCUGUAUCCUGCAUCAAAGAAGUGUGCAAGUGGUCACCAUGGUAUGAUGUCACCUGUCCAAAGUAUGGAGAAAAUGAAGGAGAUUUUGAAACCUUUGAUAAUAUCAGAAAGAAGGGCUAUUCUGUAUGUAAAGUCCCUUCUCAAGUGGAAUGUCGAGCACAAAAGUUUCCCAAAAUCUCAGUUGCAGACUUGGGCCAGAUAAUACAAUGCAAUACAUCAGUGGGACUUGUAUGUUAUAAUAGAGACCAAUUCUCUCAACUAUGUUUUAAUUAUGAGAUCAGUAUUCUCUGCUGCACCUUUGUUCCAUGUGGCGAAACUUCUGCCUCCCCAACACCUUUUGUGACUUCUUCUCCAAACACCACUUUGACAACAAAAUCCCUAAAGACUACAGUCACAACAUCUAUACCAGCAACAGGGACAUUAAAUGCAAUAUCAUCUGAAAAAACUACACCUAGAACAUCUACUAUAAACUCAGUCACAGAAACUGUAAAGCCUUCUACAACCAAACCUCAAGCAACAACUCACAACACUCCAUGUCAGAAAGAAAUGUGCACUUGGACACCGUGGAUUGAUGGACAUUUCCCCAGCAUUAUUAAUUCUGAUGGUGACUUUGAAACAAUAGACAACAUUAAAGCUGCUGGAAACAACGUAUGCUCAAAACCAGAGGACAUUAAGUGCAGAGCUGAAAAUUUCCCAAAUAUAACUAUUGAAGAAGUUGGCCAAAAAGUAACGUGUAAUCUCACUCAUGGUCUAAUUUGCAAUAACAAAGAUCAGGACAAGAACUUUCCUCUUUGUUACAACUACCAAAUAAAAAUUCUUUGUUGCUCUAUGGAGGACUGUGAACUAUCUACCAGCCUUGCUCCUACAACUGUAGAAAUUCACUCAACCAAACAUCUUGCAACUCCUGAAUUCACAAGAACAACACAAUUGACAAAAACUACCAAAAUGUCUACUGAGUCUGGAGAAGUAACUUCUGCUUUCAAAAUCACUGGUAAGAUAACAUCUGCCAAGGCAAAUACUGAUUUGCAUAAGUCAACCACUGAGUCUUCACAUGAAGAGAUGACAUCUAGAAACCCUGUCACAACUGCUAAAGUUUCUACACAAUCUCAUGAAGUCACUUCAACCUACAAAACAACACCUGGAAAACCAAUGACUUCUGAAGCGUCCUCUCCAAAAGAAACUACUGCAUACAGAAGAACAACUACAGAAGAGGAACAUAAAGAAACCACCUCAAGCAAACCUGUCUCUAUAAAAACUACCAAAAUGUCUACUGAGUCUGGAGAAGUAACUUCUGCUUUCAAAACCACUGGUAAGAUAACAUCUGCCAAGGCAAAUACUGAUUUGCAUAAGUCAACCACUGAGUCUUCACAUGAAGAUAUGACCACUUCACGCAAACCUAUCUCUGUGAAAACUACCAAAAUGUCUACUGAGUCUGGAGAAAUUACAUCUGCCAAGGCAAAUACUGAUUUACAUAAGUCAACCACUGAGUCUUCACAUGAAGAUAUGACAUCUAGAAACACUGAACAUGAAGAAACCACUUCACGCAAACCUGUCUCCAUGAAAACUACCAAAAUGUCUACUGAGUCUGGAGAAAUAACAUCUGCCAAGGCGAAUACUGAUUUGCAUAAGUCAACCACUGAGUCUUCACAUGAAGAUAUGACAUCUAGAAACCCUGUCACAACUGCUAAAGUUUCUACACAAUCUCAAGAAGUCACUUCAACCUACAAAACGACACCUGGAAAACCAAUGACUUCUGAAGCAUCCUCUCCAAAAGAAACUACUGCAUACAGAAGAACAACAACAGAAGAGGAACAUAAAGAAACUACCUCAAGCAAACCUGUCUCUAUAAAAACUACCAAAAUGUCUACUGAGUCUGGAGAAGUAACUUCUGCUUUCAAAACCACUGGUAAGAUAACAUCUGCCAAGGCAAAUACUGAUUUGCAUAAGUCAACCACUGAGUCUUCACAUGAAGAUAUGACAUCUAGAAACCCUGUCACAACUGCUAAAGUGUCUACACAAUCUCAUGAAGUCACUUCUGCAUACAAAACGACACCUGGAAAACCAAUGACUUCUGAAGCAUCCUCUCCAAAAGAAACUACUGCAUACAGAAGAACAACUACAGAAGAGGAACAUAAAGAAACCACCUCAAGCAAACCUGUCUCUAUAAAAACUACCAAAAUGUCUACUGAGUCUGGAGAAGUAACUUCUGCUUUCAAAACCACUGGUAUGAUAACAUCUGCCAAGGCAAAUACUGAUUUGCAUAAAUCAACCACUGAGUCUUCACAUGAAGAUAUGACAUCUAGAAACCCUGUCACAACUGCUAAAGUGUCUACACAAUCUCAUGAAGUCACUUCUGCCUACAAAACGACACCUGGAAAACCAAUUACUUCUGAAGCAUCCUCUCCAAAAGAAACUACUGCAUACAGGAGGUCAACUACAGUAGAGGAACAUGAAGAAACCACUUCACGCAAACCUGUCUCCAUGAAAACUACCAAAAUGUCUACUGAGUCUGGAGAAGUAACUUCUGCUUUCAAAACCACUGGUAAGAUAACAUCUGCCAAGGCGAAUACUGAUUUGCAUAAGUCAACCACUGAGUCUUCACAUGAAGAUAUGACAUCUAGAAACCCUGUCACAACUGCUAAAGUUUCUACACAUUCUCAAGAAGUCACUUCAACCUACAAAACGACACCUGGAAAACCAAUGACUUCUGAAGCAUCCUCUCCAAAAGAAACUACUGCAUACAGAAGAACAACUACAGAAGAGGAACAUAAAGAAACCACCUCAAGCAAACCUGUCUCUAUAAAAACUACCAAAAUGUCUACUGAGUCUGGAGAAGUAACUUCUGCUUUCAAAACCACUGGUAAGAUAACAUCUGCCAAGGCAAAUACUGAUUUGCAUAAAUCAACCACUGAGUCUUCACAUGAAGAUAUGACAUCUAGAAACCCUGUCACAACUGCUAAAGUGUCUACACAAUCUCAUGAAGUCACUUCUGCCUACAAAACGACACCUGGAAAACCAAUUACUUCUGAAGCAUCCUCUCCAAAAGAAACUACUGCAUACAGAAGGACAACUACAGAAGAGGAACAUGAAGAAACCACUUCACGCAAACCUAUCUCUGUGAAAACUACCAAAAUGUCUACUGAGUCUGGAGAAGUAACUUCUGCUUUCAAAACCACUGGUAAGAUUACAUCUGCCAAGGCAAAUACUGAUUUGCAUAAGUCAACCACUGAGUCUUCACAUGAAGAAGAAACCACCUCAAGCAAACCUGUCUCUAUAAAAACUACCAAAAUGUCUACUGAGUCUGGAGAAAUAACAUCUGCCAAGGCAAAUACUGAUUUGCAUAAGUCAACCACUGAGAUAACAUCUGCCAAGGCGAAUACUGAUUUGCAUAAGUCAACCACUGAGUCUUCACAUGAAGAUAUGACCACUUCACGCAAACCUAUCUCUGUGAAAACUACCAAAAUGUCUACUGAGUCUGGAGAAGUAACUUCUGCUUUCAAAACCAUUGGUAAGAUAACAUCUGCCAAGGCAAAUACUGAUUUGCAUAAGUCAACCACUGAGUCUUCACAUGAAGAUAUGACAUCUAGAAACCCUGUAACAACUGCUAAAGUGUCUACACAAUCUCAUGAAGUCACUUCUGGCUACAAAACGACACCUGGAAAACCAAUGACUUCUGAAGCAUCCUCUCCAAAAGAAACUACUGCAUACAGAAGAACAACUACAGAAGAGGAACAUAAAGAAACCACCUCAAGCAAAUCUGUCUCUAUAAAAACUACAAAAAUGUCUACUGAGUCUGGAGAAGUGACUUCGGCUUUCAAAACCACUGGUAAGAUAACAUCUGCCAAGGCAAAUACUGAUUUGCAUAAGUCAACCACUGAGUCUUCACAUGAAGAUAUGACAUCUAGAAACUCUGUCACAACUGCUAAAGUGUCUACACAAUCUCAUGAAGUCACUUCUGCAUACAAAACGACACCUGGAAAACCAAUGACUUCUGAAGCAUCCUCUCCAAAAGAAACUACUGCAUACAAAAGAACAACUACAGAAGAGGAACAUAAAGAAACCACCUCAAGCAAACCUGUCUCUAUAAAAACUACCAAAAUGUCUACUGAGUCUGGAGAAGUAACUUCUGCUUUCAAAACCACUGGUAAGAUAACAUCUGCCAAGGCAAAUACUGACUUGCAUAAGUCAACCACUGAGUCUUCACAUGAAGAUAUGACAUCUAGAAACCCUGUCACAACUGCUAAAGUGUCUACACAAUCUCAUGAAGUCACUUCUGGCUACAAAACGACACCUGGAAAACCAAUGACUUCUGAAGCAUCCUCUCAAAAAGAAACUACUGCAUACAGAAGAACAACUACAGAAGAGGAACAUAAAGAAACCACCUCAAGCAAACCUGUCACUAUAAAAACUACCAAAAUGUCUACUGAGUCUGGAGAAGUAACUUCUGCUUUCAAAACCACUGGUAAGAUAACAUCUGCCAAGGCAAAUACUGAUUUGCAUAAAUCAACCACUGAGUCUUCACAUGAAGAAGAAACCACCUCAAGCAAACCUGUCUCUAUAAAAACUACCAAAAUGUCUACUGAGUCUGGAGAAGUAACUUCUGCUUUCAAAACCACUGGUAAGAUAACAUCUGCCAAGGCAAAUACUGAUUUGCAUAAGUCAACCACUGAGUCUUCACAUGAAGAUAUGACAUCUAGAAACCCUGUCACAACUGCUAAAGUGUCUACACAAUCUCAUGAAGUCACUUCUGCAUACAAAACGACACCUGGAAAACCAAUGACUUCUGAAGCAUCCUCUCCAAAAGAAACUACUGCAUACAGAAGAACAACUACAGAAGAGGAACAUAAAGAAACCACCUCAAGCAAACCUGUCUCUAUAAAAACUACCAAAAUGUCAAAUGAGUCUGGAGAAGUAACUUCUGCUUUCAAAACCACUGGUAAGAUUACAUCUGCCAAGGCAAAUACUGAUUUGCAUAAGUCAACCACUGAGUCUUCACAUGAAGAUAUGACAUCUAGAAACCUUGUCACAACUGCUAAAGUUUCUACACAAUCUCAUAAAGUCACUUCUGCCUACAAAACGACACCUGGAAAACCAAUGACUUCUGAAGCAUCCUCUCCAAAAGAAACUACUGCAUACAGAAGAACAACUACAGAAGAGGAACAUAAAGAAACCACCUCAAGCAAAACUGUCUCUAUAAAAACUACCAAAAUGUCUACUGAGUCUGGAGAAGUAACUUCUGCUUUCAAAACCACUGGUAAGAUAACAUCUGCCAAGGCAAAUACUGAUUUGCAUAAGUCAACCACUGAGUCUUCACAUGAAGAGAUGACCACCUCAAGCAAACCUGUCUCUAUAAAAACUACCAAAAUGUCUACUGAGUCUGGAGAAGUAACUUCUGCUUUCAAAACCACUGGUAAGAUAACAUCUGCCAAGGCAAAUACUGAUUUGCAUAAAUCAACCACUGAGUCUUCACAUGAAGAUAUGACAUCUAGAAACCUUGCAACAACUGCUAAAGUGUCUACACAAUCUCAUGAAGUCACUUCUGCCUACAAAACAACACCUGGAAAACCAAUUACUUCUGAAGCAUCCUCUCCAAAAGAAACUACUGCAUACAGAAGAACAACUACAGAAGAGGAACAUGAAGAAACCACUUCACGCAAACCAAUCUCUGUGAAAACUACCAAAAUGUCAACUGAGUCUGGAGAAGAAACUUCUGCUUUCAAAACCACUGGUAAGAUUACAUCUGCCAAGGCAAAUACUGAUUUGCAUAAGUCAACCACUGAGUCUUCACAUGAAGAUAUGACAUCUAGAAACCCUGUCACAACUGCUAAAGUGUCUACACAAUCUCAUGAAGUCACUUCUGCAUACAAAACAACACCUGGAAAACCAAUGACUUCAGAAGCAUCCUCUCCAAAAGAAACUACUGCAUACAGAAGGACAACUACAGAAGAGGAACAUGAAGAAACCACUUCACGCAAACCUAUCUCUGUGAAAACUACCAAAAUGUCUACUGAGUCUGGAGAAGUAACUUCUGCUUUCAAAACCACUGGUAAGAUUACAUCUGCCAAGGCAAAUACUGAUUUGCAUAAGUCAACCACUGAGUCUUCACAUGAAGAUAUGACAUCUAGAAACCCUGUCACAACUACUAAAGUGUCUACACAAUCUCAUGAAGUCACUUCUGGCUACAAAACGACACCUGGAAAACCAAUGACUUCUGAAGCAUCCUCUCCAAAAGAAACUACUGCAUACAGAAGAACAACUACAGAAGAGGAACAUAAAGAAACCACCUCAAGCAAACCUGUCUCUAUAAAAACUACCAAAAUGUCUACUGAGUCUGGAGAAGUAACUUCUGCUUUCAAAACCACUGGUAAGAUAACAUCUGCCAAGGCAAAUACUGAUUUGCAUAAGUCAACCACUGAGUCUUCACAUGAAGAUAUGACAUCUAGAAAUACUGUCACAACUGCUAAAGUGUCCACACAAUCUCAUGAAGUCACGUCUGCCUACAAAACGACACCUGGAAAACCAAUGACUUCUGAAGCAUCCUCUCCAAAAGAAACUACUGCAUACAGAAGAACAACUACAGAAGAGAAACAUAAAGAAACCACAUCAAGCAAACCUGUCUCUAUAAAAACUACCAAAAUGUCUACUGAGUCUGGAGAAGUAACUUCUGCUUUCAAAACCACUGGUAAGAUAACAUCUGCCAAGGCAAAUACUGAUUUGCAUAAAUCAACCACUGAGUCUUCACAUGAAGAUAUGACAUCUAGAAACCCUGUCACAACUGCUAAAGUGUCUACACAAUCUCAUGAAGUCACUUCUGGCUACAAAACGACACCUGGAAAACCAAUGACUUCUGAAGCAUCCUCUCCAAAAGAAACUACUGCAUACAGAAGAACAACUACAGAAGAGGAACAUAAAGAAACCACCUCAAGCAAACCUGUCUCUAUAAAAACUACCAAAAUGUCUACUGAGUCUGGAGAAGUAACUUCUGCUUUCAAAACCACUGGUAAGAUAACAUCUGCCAAGGCAAAUACUGAUUUGCAUAAGUCAACCACUGAGUCUUCACAUGAAGAUAUGACAUCUAGAAAUACUGUCACAACUGCUAAAGUGUCCACACAAUCUCAUGAAGUCACGUCUGCCUACAAAACGACACCUGGAAAACCAAUGACUUCUGAAGCAUCCUCUCCAAAAGAAACUACUGCAUACAGAAGAACAACUACAGAAGAGAAACAUAAAGAAACCACAUCAAGCAAACCUGUCUCUAUAAAAACUACCAAAAUGUCUACUGAGUCUGGAGAAGUAACUUCUGCUUUCAAAACCACUGGUAAGAUAACAUCUGCCAAGGCAAAUACUGAUUUGCAUAAAUCAACCACUGAGUCUUCACAUGAAGAUAUGACAUCUAGAAACCCUGUCACAACUGCUAAAGUGUCUACACAAUCUCAUGAAGUCACUUCUGGCUACAAAACGACACCUGGAAAACCAAUGACUUCUGAAGCAUCCUCUCCAAAAGAAACUACUGCAUACAGAAGAACAACUACAGAAGAGGAACAUAAAGAAACCACCUCAAGCAAACCUGUCUCUAUAAAAACUACCAAAAUGUCUACUGAGUCUGGAGAAGUAACUUCUGCUUUCAAAACCACUGGUAAGAUAACAUCUGCCAAGGCAAAUACUGAUUUGCAUAAGUCAACCACUGAGUCUUCACAUGAAGAUAUGACAUCUAGAAAUACUGUCACAACUGCUAAAGUGUCCACACAAUCUCAUGAAGUCACGUCUGCCUACAAAACGACACCUGGAAAACCAAUGACUUCUGAAGCAUCCUCUCCAAAAGAAACUACUGCAUACAGAAGAACAACUACAGAAGAGGAACAUAAAGAAACCACAUCAAGCAAACCUGUCUCUAUAAAAACUACCAAAAUGUCUACUGAGUCUGGAGAAGUAACUUCUGCUUUCAAAACCACUGGUAAGAUAACAUCUGCCAAGGCAAAUACUGAUUUGCAUAAAUCAACCACUGAGUCUUCACAUGAAGAUAUGACAUCUAGAAACCCUGUCACAACUGCUAAAGUGUCUACACAAUCUCAUGAAGUCACUUCUGCAUACAAAACGACACCCGGAAAACCAAUGACUUCUGAAGCAUCCUCUCCAAAAGAAACUACUGCAUACAGAAGAACAACUACAGAAGAGGAACAUAAAGAAACCACAUCAAGCAAACCUGUCUCUAUAAAAACUACCAAAAUGUCUACUGAGUCUGGAGAAGUAACUUCUGCUUUCAAAACCACUGGUAAGAUAACAUCUGCCAAGGCAAAUACUGAUUUGCAUAAAUCAACCACUGAGUCUUCACAUGAAGAUAUGACAUCUAGAAACCCUGUCACAACUGCUAAAGUGUCUACACAAUCUCAUGAAGUCACUUCUGGCUACAAAACGACACCUGGAAAACCAAUGACUUCUGAAGCAUCCUCUCCAAAAGAAACUACUGCAUACAGAAGAACAACUACAGAAGAGGAACAUAAAGAAACCACCUCAAGCAAACCUGUCUCUAUAAAAACUACCAAAAUGUCUACUGAGUCUGGAGAAGUAACUUCUGCUUUCAAAACCACUGGUAAGAUAACAUCUGCCAAGGCAAAUACUGAUUUGCAUAAGUCAACCACUGAGUCUUCACAUGAAGAUAUGACAUCUAGAAAUACUGUCACAACUGCUAAAGUGUCCACACAAUCUCAUGAAGUCACGUCUGCCUACAAAACGACACCUGGAAAACCAAUGACUUCUGAAGCAUCCUCUCCAAAAGAAACUACUGCAUACAGAAGAACAACUACAGAAGAGGAACAUAAAGAAACCACCUCAAGCAAACCUGUCUCUAUAAAAACUACUAAAAUGUCUACUGAGUCUGGAGAAGUAACUUCUGCUUUCAAAACCACUGGUAAGAUAACAUCUGCCAAGGCAAAUACUGAUUUGCAUAAAUCAACCACUGAGUCUUCACAUGAAGAUAUGACCACUUCACGCAAACCUAUCUCUGUGAAAACUACCAAAAUGUCAACUGAGUCUGGAGAAGUAACUUCUGCUUUCAAAACCACUGGUAAGAUUACAUCUGCCAAGGCAAAUACUGAUUUGCAUAAGUCAACCACUGAGUCUUCACAUGAAGAUAUGACAUCUAGAAACCCUGUCACAACUGCUAAAGUGUCUACACAAUCUCAUGAAGUUACUUCUGCAUACAAAACGACACCUGGAAAACCAAUGACUUCUGAAGCAUCCUCUCCAAAAGAAACUACUGCAUACAGAAGAACAACUACAGAAGAGGAACAUAAAGAAACCACCUCAAGCAAACCUGUCUCUAUAAAAACUACUAAAAUGUCUACUGAGUCUGGAGAAGUAACUUCUGCUUUCAAAACCACUGGUAAGAUGACAUCUGCCCAGGCAAAUACUGAUUUGCAUAAAUCAACCACUGAGUCUUCACAUGAAGAUAUGACAUCUAGAAACCCUGUCACAACUGCUAAAGUGUCUACACAAUCUCAUGAAGUCACUUCUGCAUACAAAACGACACCUGGAAAACCAAUUACUUCUGAAGCAUCCUCUCCAAAAGAAACUACUGCAUACAGGAGGUCAACUACAGUAGAGGAACAUAAAGAAACCACUUCACGCAAACCUGUCUCCAUGAAAACUACCAAAAUGUCUACUGAGUCUGGAGAAAUAACUUCUGCUUUCAAAACCACUGGUAAGAUAACAUCUGCCAAGGCGAAUACUGAUUUGCAUAAGUCAACCACUGCGUCUUCACAUGAAGAUAUGACAUCUAGAAACCCUGUCACAACUGCUAAAGUGUCUACACAAUCUCAUGAAGUCACUUCUGCAUACAAAACAACACCUGGAAAACCAAUUACUUCAGAAGCAUCCUCUCCAAAAGAAACUACUGCAUACAGAAGGACAACUACAGAAGAGGAACAUGAAGAAACCACUUCACGCAAACCUAUCUCUGUGAAAACUACCAAAAUGUCUACUGAGUCUGGAGAAGUAACUUCUACUUUCAAAACCACUGGUAAGAUAACAUCUGCCAAGGCAAAUACUGAUUUGCAUAAGUCAACUACUGAGUCUUCCCAUGAAGAUAUGACAUCUAGAAACCCUGUCACAACUGCUAAAGUGUCUACACAAUCUCAUGAAGUCACUUCUGGCUACAAAACGACACCUGGAAAACCAAUGACUUCUGAAGCAUCCUCUCCAAAAGAAACUACUGCAUACAGAAGGACAACUACAGAAAAGGAACAUGAAGAAACCACUUCCCGCAAACCUAUCUCUGUGAAAACGACCAAAAUGUCUACUGAGUCUGGAGAAGUGACUUCUGCUUUCAAAACCACUGGUAAGAUAACAUCUGCCAAGGCAAAUACUGAUUUGCAUAGGUCAACCACUGAGUCUUCACAUGAAGAUAUGACAUCUAGAAACCCUGUAACAACUGCUAAAGUGUCUACACAAUCUCAUGAGGUCACUUCUGCCUACAAAACAACACCUGGAAAACCACUGACUUCUGAAGCAUCCUCUCCAAAAGAAACCACUGCAUACAGAAGGAUAACUACAGAAAAGGAACAUGAAGAAACCACUUCACGCAAUCCUGUCUCCAUGAAAACUACCAAAAUGUCUACUGAGUCUGGAGAAGUAACUUCUGCUUUCAAAACCACUGGUAAGUUAACAUCUGCCAAGUUGAUUACUGAUUUGCAUAAGUCAACCACUGAGUCUUCACAUGAAGAUAUGACAUCUAGAAAACCUGUCACAACUGCUAAAGUGUCUACACAAUCUCAUGAAGUCACUUCUUCUUACAAAACAACACCUGGAAAACCAAUUACUUCUGAAGCAGCAUCUCCAAAGGAAACUACUGCAUCCAGGAGGUCAACUACAGUAGAGGAACAUGAAGAAACUACUUCCCGCAAACCUUUCUCCAUGAAAACUACUAAGAUGUCUACUGAGUCUGGAGAAGUAACUUCUCCUUUUAAAGCCACUGGUAAGACAACAUCUGCCAAGGCGAAUACUGAUUUGCAUAAGUCAACCACUGAAUCUUCGCAUGAAGAUAUGACAUCUAGAAUCCCUGUCACAACUGCCUUAAAAACAACAUCAGAAACACCAAUGACAUCUAAAAUAACAUCUACAAAGGAAACUUCAAUAUCAUUAAGGUCAACCACGGAAUCUGCACAUGAAGAAACAUCUUCACACAUACCUGUUACCAUGAAAUCAACUAAAAUGUCUACGGAAUCUGGAAUAGUUACAUCAGUAUUCAAAACUACCCUUGGUAGGAUAAGUUCUGUUAAGACAACACCUUUCCAGACAAGUACUGUCUUUUAUAAGUCAACCACUGAAUCUAAACAUGAUUUGACAUCUCAAAAGCCAAGAACAGUUGAGACUACCAAAGUGGUUACAGAAUCUCAUGAAGUAACUGCAACAUCUCAUACCAUUUUUAGUACAAAGAGUACAUCUGAAGAGAUGUUGUCCACGCAAUUUUAUUCACAGCAACCCCCAAAAUCUACACAUCAGUCAACAUUCCCAACUUCUGGAAAAGUCAGCACGGAGCGCACCGUUACAACAACCUCUCAACUAUCAACAGCAGGCACUGAAUCGUUUUCUACAGUUCGAUGCAUGUGUAAUGUCAACGGAGUUUUUGUUCCUCCAGGACAAGUGAUAUACAACACCACCGACAAUGCAGGCUGGUGUUUCUAUGCAAAAUGCAAUCAAAACUGCGAGGUGGAAAGAUACAGUGAACAAUGUUACAGUUCUACUGUGCCAACUGUUACCAGUAGUACUAAGACCACAAAGACUGUAACUGCAAGUACAGGUACCAUGACUACAAAGAAGACAGAAAGUACUACAAAGAAAUCAGAAACAAGCACCAAGACAUCUCAGACAUCUCAAACCAAGACUUCAACAUCAAGUGCUAGUUUAACCAGCACUAUCAACCCUGAAUGCAGUGCUCUCAUGCCUCCACGAGCGGUGAACGAAACUUGGAUGAUAGACAAUUGUACCCAGGCAAGAUGUAUUGGAGAAAACAACAUAGCCAUAAAUAAGAAGCAGUGUGCACCAAUAAACGAGGUGGUCUGUGCCAAUCGCUUACAGCCCCAGAAGAUAUUUGAUGACAGUGGCUGCUGUUAUGAGCCGGAAUGUCAAUGUGUUUGCGGUGGUUGGGGAACCUCUAACUAUAUCACUUUUGAUGGUACUUACUACUCUUUUAAUGGUCAAUGCACCUAUGUCCUCGUGCAGCAGAUAACUCCAGUAUUUGAUCACUUCCGAGUUUAUAUCGACAACUUCUCUUGCAACCCUGAUGACCCAAAUUGUGUGAAGACUCUACGCAUUAUGUACAAAAAUGACACUAUUGUGCUGAAAUCCCAGUCUUUGAUUCAAAGAAUAUUCAACCAGAUUUAUAUAAAUGAAGAGAGAGUAUAUCCAGCAAUCUACAGAAAUGGUAUAUUGAUCACAACCUCCGGUAUAUUUGUUGUUGUGGAGAUCCCAGAGCUUGGUGCAUACCUCUCAUUCAAUGCUCUUAGCUUCACGGUGAAACUUCCAAUCAGCAAGUUUUCUGGUAAUACUCAAGGACACUGUGGUAAAUGUUCAAAUAAUCAGAUUGAUGACUGUAUACUUCCAAAUGGACAACUGGCUCCAUCAUGUACUCAAAUGGCAGGGCAAUGGAAUACACCAAGUCAAGACUCAACAUGCAGCUCCAUCCCUACAACUACCCCAACUGGUAUUCCAAGCCAGUCUACACUCCCAUUCUCUUCAUUGCCACCCACAUAUUUCUCCACUGUUAUGUCCAGUGUUCCCCAUACUCUUUCAACAAGGGUUCCAUCAACUGAGCUGUCUUAUCUUCCUUCUACCUCUUUGACAACAAAGCAAAUCAUUUCGUCAGAAGAACCCUGCAAUGCCCCUGAGGUUUGCACACUUAUCUUAAGCAGUGUCUUUGAGAAAUGCCACAGUGUUGUACCCCCCGAACCUUUCUACCAGGCCUGUGUCACUGAUGGCUGUACUAAGUCACAAGAUGACAUUCUGUGCUCCAGUCUACAGAGCUAUGCAAGAAUCUGCGGAAUGGAAGGUGUCUGUAUAGACUGGAGAAACAGUACCAAUGGUUUAUGCUCUAUGAACUGUUCCUCACAUCUUGUGUACAAUCCAUGUGGCUCUGCAGUAGAACGCACCUGUGAUUCCAGAUAUAAUGACGCAUUUUUGAAUGAGGGUACAGAAGACUUCAUGGAAGGAUGCUACUGCCCUGAAAACAUGACAAAAUACAACGCUGUAUCAGACAAAUGUGUUUCCACUUGUGGAUGUACUGGACCAGAUGGAAUGCCCCGAGAGCCUGGUGAUACGUGGGACAGCAACUGUAAGACCUGUCGCUGUGAUAACAUAUCAUUGAGUGUGCAGUGCGUUGAAAAAUCCUGCGCUUUACCUGUCUCUGAAAACUGCACUAAGGAAGGAUAUAUGCCUGUUUCUGUACCAGACGUAUCCAAUCCAUGCUGCCUAGUCACUGAAUGCCGUUGUAAUGUCAGUCUUUGCUCCAACACUAAAAAGGACUGUGAGCCUGGAUAUGAGGCUGUGCUAUAUACGAGUCCAGAAGAGUGCUGCCCAAUCUACAAAUGUGAACCCAAAGACGUGUGUUUACAUAAUGGGACAGAAUACCAGCCUGGUACCACAGUUCUUUCUUCAAACCCUUGUGAAAAAUGUAUGUGUGAUGAAAAUAUGAAUGAGACAACAGGAAUAUAUCAUGUUUCUUGCACUCCAGUGAUAUGUGACAAGAAGUGUGCUCAGGGCUUUACAUAUACAAAUGUCCCAGGACAAUGCUGUGGAAUAUGUGAACAGACAGAGUGUAUCAUGGACUUGCCUGAUAACUCUACACAUCUUCUCAAGCCUGGAGAUACAUGGUCGCCUCCUGGAGAUAACUGCACUGAAUAUGAGUGUAUCCGUAAGAAAGACACGUUAUUAACUGUGGCAUCCAAAAUAUCAUGCCCAAGAAUCAACCUCGAUGAAUGUGUACCUGGCACUAUUCAAAAAGAUCCAAACGGAUGUUGUUUAACAUGUGUGAAAGAAGAAAAUAAGUGUCAGAAGUUAAAGACGGACAACAUCAUUCUUCAAAAUGGCUGCAAGUCUAUCAAGCCGAUUACAAUGUCAUACUGUCAAGGAAACUGUGAAAGCUAUUCCAAAUACUCUGCAGAAUCUCAGUCUAUGGAGAAAAAAUGUGUUUGUUGCAAAGAGACAGAAACAGAAAAGAUUUCCAUUAUCCUUACUUGUCCCAACGGCAAGACAAUGAAAUACUACUUUAUUAAUGUGAAGAAAUGUAGCUGUGUUGACACCACCUGCAAAAAAGAAUACAACCAGAAUAGUAAAGAAGACAACUCUGGAGAUGAUAGCCAAUCAGAUUCUAAUGAGAAAGAGGUAGAUGGUAAGGACAAAAUAGCUCCAGUAACCAAGCAGGGCCCUACAAUCUCAAACAAACCAAUGAAGACCACUAGACAGCUUCAGGAGAAAGAAGACAAAAAUGACAUAAAUAGAGAGAAUAGUAAGGAAAAUGAAUAGAAAUGAAAGCUCUGAUUAAAAUAGAAAGGUAUCUCCAGUAAGCAAGCAGGUUCCUUGGCUCACAAGCAAACCAAUGCAGACUGCUCCGAAGACUGCUAAGCAACAAGACAUUAAAAAAAGAAAUAAAGCAGAGAAUAAUGAUGAAAAUUAAAUCCCAGAACAAAUUUAACAAAUCAGAUUUUAUGGAGAAAAUAGACAAGAAGACGGAAGAUAAUGAUGUCUAGAUGUUUCUAGCAAUUAAGUAAUUUAUCAAUCUUCAGUUUUACAAAAAAAUACUUCUGAGC